GUGGAUUUACACAGGUGCCCCAAGACGGACUGAAUUUACCAGCUGGAGAUGUCAGAUUUGUCUUUAUACCUUACUAAUGUCAACGUUUCUGUGGGGCAAACUAUGGAGCCGGAAAAGAACCUGGAAGGGAUGGAUGACUUUGAGACUGUGGAGAUGGGAGAGCAGGUAGGGGGAGAGCGACAGGGGAAGGUUCCCCGGAGGACAAUCUACUUUGCCAGUGGAGAGACCAUGGAAGAGUACAGCACAGAUGAGGAGGAAGAGGAGGAGCCUUUGAAGAAAGACCUCAUGGCUGUGGACCCGUCCAAGCUGACCUGGGGUCCAUAUUUCUGGUUUUAUAUGUGGCGAGCAGCCACCUCCACUAUCUCCGUGUGUGACUACCUGGGGGAGAGAAUGGCAUCAUUGUUUGGCAUCACUUCGCCAAAAUACCAGUACGCUAUUGAUGAGUACUACCGCAUGAAGAAGGAGGAGGAGGAGGAGGAGGAGGAGAACCGUCUGUCCGAGGCGGCAGAACGUCAAUUUGACGAGCAGCAGAGGCAGGAGCAGGAGAACCUCGUGCCUCUUCAUGCUCCUACAGUGGAGCAGCCGGAGGGCUCAGGGGCCUCCUUCGUCAACGUCAGCUUUGAACUUGACCCCGAGCCAGCCCUCAGCGCUCCCGACACCAACAGAGUCCCCGCCCCGCUCUCCUGAACCCCGACAUGCAAACAAGAGCUUUUACUAUUCACAGACUUCUAACUCUCCCAUGUGGCUUGGCAUACAUCCAGAAUCCAGUCAAUUUAUUUUUUUCUUAUGUAACAUAGAUUAAUGGCAUUAAUAUUUUUGUAUGUUUUCAUUUUUAUAUUUGAAGUUUAUUUUCAAUGCAAUGCAUGACAAAGGGCUGUUUAAGUUACUGGAUUCCCUCUAUAUAUGAAUGUAGUUUAGUGUAUAGUGUUUGAAAGAUGGAGAUGUGGGAUGUAGUUGUUUCCAGACUACGACAACAGCAGCAGGGUUAGAUCAAGGAUUGGGCUAAUUCAUUUAAAAUUUGGAAUUAGUCCAGCCAUCCAUCCAUUAUCCAAAUCACUUAUCCUUACCCAGGGUCGCGGGAAUGCUGGAGCCUAUCCAAGCAGUUGUCUUGAUAGUGAAAUGAAGCCCCAUUUAUAUCUCAUACGACAGUUUUCAUUUUUGGUAGUUUAUUCAUUAUUUGGAAAAGAGCUUUCUUUUGUUUAGUGGACAAAAUAUGGCUUUUCAGCUUCAAAAGUUGGAUUGACUGAGUUGGAGGGGAGUUGGCCACAUCCCUGGGCUGUCCAACACCAUGUUAUACCCAGAUGUUAGUCUUAACUAGUAGUAUGCAAAAUGAGAAUUAUACAUUUGACAUUAUUUUUUGGGUAGUGGGUCUAAAUGGCUCUUCACUUCCUUCUACUCCAGUAUUUCAGCCUUUACUCCUUAUAUCCUACAACGUCUAGUCCUUGUUGGUCCAUGGGAGUAACAAUGCAUUCGAGAAAACUGGAAACUCGGAAAUAUUCAACUUUCAAACCAGAAGCUGAAUGUGUUCUUUGAGCACCUGGUCUGACAAUAUGUUGUACCCCGCUGUUCGGUGGUCUCUCCCGGCUACACCAUCACAGAUCUCCUGAAAUGCGGUGGUUUUCAGAACAGCGUCAUUGAUGUGUCAUGAAUUAGGCAAACCCUAUCCCUAAGAUGAACCCUAACCUCCCAUCUGUGGCACUGUUCUGAAAUCCUGUGGCGUUUAAUGCGGUUCACACUGUCAUCUCUGAAGAAAUGUUCCUCGCUGGCAUGACUCGGUCUCACCCCUAUUCGUGUUCUCAUUGUGCGAAGAGGAAGGGAUGCUGUGGCUGUAGUUGUAAUAUGGAUUGGUUUACUAUUAUUAGUUUCUAUUACUGAAAGAGCCAUUAGUCUAUACUAAUCCCCGCAGGGCCAAGUCAAGGGCUUACUAGACCAAGACCCAACUUGGUUAAUAUUAUGAAUCCCUCAUAUUUAAUUCCCAUAUUUACUUGACCCCUUCUUGUUUCCUUCUAGAGAUGAGUUGUAAGCUCAGAACUGAUAUUCGGUAUUUUCUCUAGUUAUCGCAGUUCCAGUCUGCUGUCAGUUUCUAUCUCCCAGUAAGUGUUUGUUUGAAUUGGCGGUAGGGGUUAAGCUGAUAUAUAGCCUGCUAUGAUUGGGACUGUGGCUGGCCCUGCAUGGUUCUGUAUUGACUGAUGGACUUCUAUAUUGGUAGUGACUGCACUCACUGUGUGGUGGUUAAAAUACGUCAGCUGCAGGGUAAUUGAUCAUGCCUGUCAAGUACCAAUAGACAUGAAUAAUUUCCUGUGCAAGUUGUCUAAGUGCACUGAGGUGUGCUAUGGUCUUUUCACUUGACAUCAUGGCACCUUUCCGGCGCCAUUAUGCAUUCAGAUUUAAUUCAGAUGGAAGGAAUAAUCAGGCUGACCACAGUUCAGUGCCCUUUCUCUGUCAAAGUGUCCUUGUGGAAACACGCCAUAUGAUUUUGUAGCUGCAGAGCAGGCCGACAACGUAAGCGAGUGCCCGUCUUUAUUGUCUUUCUUUUUUAUGAUAGUUAUUCGUAAUGAUAUGGCUUUACGAUGUAAUGAAGAACCUCAGUUUUCAGCUAAAGACACCCGAGGUGUUUUCUUAUUUGUCCGACUUUGGCAUCCUGGUUUGAUGGUAUUCUCCUUCCCAACUUUUCAAAACAUCCAAGCAUCAACCUCAGGUCUUGCCAUUGCAGGGAUAUUGGACAUUUCUGACUAAAAUUAAAUUUUGAUUUGGAUCUAUAAGCAGAGUGGAAUCACGUUAUUCAAUAUAUUCCCCUCUGGCAAAUCAGCUUUGAGUAAUCCUGGCAGCUGUUUGGACAUUUUAAGACGAGCCUCUCUCGUGCAGAUCAGAGAUGAACUGGAAUAGUGUAUUACUACCAAUGUAAUGACACACACGGUUGCGAUGACAGAUUAGUAGAGGAGUUUAGAAAGCUGAACAGUAUGAAGAAGUCCGUGGAGGUUGGCUUUUAGGGGAGGUGUGAUAAAUCAUAUCCAUUAUACACAUUUUCAUAUUAGUCCCAGAAAGUUGAAUCAGUUCAUCUGGACACAACGUUUGAGAGAAAUGUUUUAUCACUCAUCUGAGUGACCUCUUCAGUCUCAACUGACUGCAGGUAUCCCCACCCUUAGAAACAAUACAGUGGCAUAAGGAUCGGUUUGUUAUACAAAUUACCUUGACCAUUAACUAGAGUUACAGUGGUCAUGUGUACUAUUCACAGAGGAUUGGGGAAUAGUUGCAAUCACAGCAUUGUAAGAUGGUGACGGAUGUACUCUCAGGCCCCCCCCCCCAGUUCAGGGAUGGUCAUUCCCUCUUCACAUAGAUGGCCUCUUUGACUCCCCAUUCAAACCAGCGUUCCUCCCUAUCAAGGACGUGGGCAUCCUCAUCCCUGAAAGAGGGGCCACUGGUCUGUAGAUGGUGUGGACUGUGGAGUCCUGGCCUGACACGUUAGCUCUUCUGUGUUGUGCCAUCCUCUUGAACAGCGCUGAUGUAUAAGUCAUGGCAAUCCUCCUGUCACUUAACAGUGACUGUUUGUGCCGGGGGAUCCCAUCCUAGGAUUGCCAUGGGGGACACCUGCAGUCUGGUGAGACUGAGGGGGGGGCGUUUCAACACUCACACUUAGAUGAGUGUUGAAACGUUUCUCUCAAUAAACGUUGUGUCCAGAUGAACUGAUUCACCUUUCUGUGAUUUUCUUACCUCGAUUAUUGAGCAUGCAUAGAUACAUUUCCAUGUUAGGCUCGUAAGUGCCAUCAUUAGUUGGUCAUCAUAGGUGUCCAAAGACAUUUUCUUGAGUCAAGACCUCACGCAAAAAAAAAUAAAAAAUCCAAUUUUUCUUCUCUACAACCGCUCACUACUCUUUAUGUUGUUUUAUUUUGCUUCACACACAUGCAGGAGUGCAUGUGAAGAGAAUUCUUGCCAUGAUUGAAAUCCUAAUGGAAGAUUUCAUUAUACUUUAGAGAGUUGGGAAAAUGGCAAAUGUUCACCGCAAAAAUCUGCAGUGAUUUAUU